UGCAGAGAGAGGUGGCGAGCCCGCGCCGGCGCACUGGCCCACGUGCGGAGGACCUGAGGAUCAGAUCCAGCCAGAGAGCUGCUGAGAGCCUGGAAGGGAGCGGUGGGCGUCCGACCCCGCCUCCUCUUCCUGAGGCCUGGGAACCUCGAGGAGGGCGGGACUCAGCUAGGAAGCACCCUGUCCCAGGAGAAGGCUCUGGAGACCUGGGUGGGCUGCCGUUUUUCCUGGGAUUUGUCCCAGAUUUAUGUACAUCAUGUCCUGAUCACUCCCCACAUUAGAAUCUGUUGAAGUUGCGACCAUGCCGUUGACCCUGUUGCAAGAUUGGUGUAGGGGGGAGCAUCUGGACACCCAGAGAUCCAUGCUGAUCCUGGGGAUACCCGAGGAUUGUAGUGAGGAUGAGUUUGAGGAGACUCUGGAGCUAGCUCUCAGGCAUCUGGGAAGAUACAGGAUCAUUGGCAGGAUGUUUCGGAGGGAGGAGAAUGCCCAGGCCUUUCUGUUGGAACUUGCAAAGGAUUUGGACUAUGAUUUGGUGCCCAGGGAGAUACCAGGAAAGGGGGGACCCUGGGAAGUGAUUGUGAAACCCCCUCACUCAGACGAUGAAUUUCUUAAUAAACUGAACCACUUCUUAGAGGAGGAGAGGCGCACAGUAUCAGACAUGAACAGACUCCUUGGGACACACCGUCAUUUUUCGCCCUGUAGAAUGGCUGUAGCACCAGAUUUCUGGACCUUAGCCCAGACUCUGUGUGUAGUGAUGGAGCCUCUGCUAGAACAGAUGUUGUACAGAGAACUAAGAGUCUUUUCUGGGAACAGCGUAUCCAUUCCAGGGUGGUUGGCCUUUGAUGCCUGGCUUGAGCACACCACUGAGAUGUUACAGAUGUGGCAGGUGCCCGAGAUGGAAAAGAGGCGGAGGCUGAUAGAAUGCCUGCGAGGCCCUGCUCUACAGGUGGUCAGUGUUCUCCGGGCUAACAAUGCUGCUGUCACAGUGAAGGAGUGCCUGGAGGCCCUGCGGCAGGUAUUUGGGCCUGUAGAGAAUCGAAAAAUUGCCCAGCUGAAAUUUUGUAAUGCCUAUCAGGAGCCAGGAGAGAAAGUGUCUAGUUUUGUGCUGCGUUUGGAACCAUUGCUCCAAAAAGCUAUAGAGAAACAUGCAAUACCACGAAGGAAUGUGAAUCACACUCGCCUCAAAAGAAUCUUAGGUGGGGCCACCCUUACUGGAAAGCUUCGAGAGAAGCUUAAGUUGAUGAAACAGCGCAGGAGGCCACCUGGCUUCCUGGCCCUGGUAAGGCUUUUGCGUGAGGAGGAGGAGGAAUGGGAGGCUACUCUAGGUCCAGUGAAGAGGUGCCUAGAGGGGAUGGAAUUAGGCCCAGGUCCAUCUAACACGGGCAGUAGGGCAGUAUUUGCUCCUGCUUUGGGCAACACUCUUGAGGUGAGGCCUUCCCAGGGUACCCGUCGCCGGAGGGGCAGAGGCCAGCAUCGGAGAGAAGGUGUGCACAGGGCUGGAUCCCAAGGCUUAAGAAAGCAAAGGUAUGACACAUUCUGCUAUAGUUGUGGAGAAGAUGGCCACAUCAGAGUACAGUGUUUCAACCCCUCUAACCUGCCAUUGGUGAAGCAGAAGAGACAGGCUGCAUUUGAGUUGGGAAACAGGGGCCAGGCUUGGGAGAAGAGCCGUCCCAAGCCCAAGACCAAGUAGGCUCCAAGGAACAGGCCAACAAUUAUUCUCAUAGAUCAAGAAAACAAAAGAGAUACUUGAAGAUGGGCAAGGAACGGCUCAGAGAAAUGACAGGGAACCUGAGUGGGACACAAGGACAAAACAACCAGGUGCAGGUCAGGUUCCCUCACCCAAUGAGAACUGUAAAGGAC